UUGGUUUCCAUCAUUGGCGAUUGUUGCGCAACACGCGUGUUGCUUCUUAUUUAACGUCAGGUAUAAUUGAUUUCAGGCGAAACACCUGCGUGCUCCGUCCGUCCAGGUUCGAGUUAUCGAUCCCCCCAUUUUAGCGUCUCGUAUCACGGGAGCUUCACUUAAUUAAUUCUGUUUUAUUUGUCCUGGCCAUUACGCUUCUUAGUUAUGUAUAAAGCUUUCAUUGACCAAUAACAAACUUUGUGUUUAUCUUAUUUAUGGCAAUAGACUUUAAUUUCCUUCCGGAGGGUCGGUGAAAUGUGGAUUUUGAUUGACUGGAGCCUAGAUAAUAGAAUUCUUAAUCACGGACAGUUAAACAAUAGGUUGUGUUAUGGAAUAUUAGCUACCGUCACACACCUCCCAGCAAAUGGAAUGAAAUAUAUUCAAAACAUUUGAAAGGGUGCGUUAAGCUGGUCGAUUCUGUGUCAUUGGAUCUUUUUUUCAAUCAAUAACUUCACGCUUUUGGUCCAAUUCCGUAAUCAAAGCAAAACAAAGCGCUAAGCUGCUACCAGGAGUGCGCGAAGCUGGUUAGCGGGGCGCAGGAUAGUGGCGCCAGAAGAAGGGACAAAUAUUUGGUCGUGCAAUCUAACUGUUGUCCGUCGACGAAGAUUCUUGCAUUUACUUAUUUACAACUCAGAUUUUCUAAUUUCUUGGACAGGAACCGACAAAGGAUUUUUCACCUUUCUGUUUGUUUUCAUCUACCUGUUUAAAUGGAACGCAUCCAAUUUCAGCGGCAUUUGUGCGUGGCAAAUACAAAUCUUUUAUUGUAUGUAGAUUUGUAUAGUAAAAAUUGGCUUUUUACCGACAUAUGUCAGUUAGUAUUCUUAAUGGAUGGACUGGUCCAUUCAAUAAAAUAAAUCUCGAAUGUAGUUCCUGGAGUACACAUCAAAGACAGUGUCAGUGAUCAGACAAAGUAUUUUUGAGUGGCGGAUCAAAUGAUGAAUUUUGUUGGUGAGCCUGAUUUAUUUAAUUUUAAAUAUACGGUGAUGUGACAAGCCAUCAAAGCCAACAAAAAUGCCAAGUUUGAUUAAGAAGUUAUCAGGAAGGGUACCUUCCUUGCCUCGAAUUCCCGAGCCAAGCGAUUCGAGCGAGGAUGAUAUCAUUCUCCAGAGGCUGGGGCCAGACAGAAACAGAAUCGCUUGGUCCGGGGAAAAUACCUUUAGUGCAAUACCCCCCACACGGAACGGAGCAACGCACAAUGGCAGCGAUUUGGGUCCAACAUCACCAGUUAGGGGCAUUUUGCGUGGUCCAGAAAGGAGAGGGCAGGAUAAUACAUUAGAGGGUAGAACGGUUAAUGGAGUGGUCUCCAGGAUCGGUCAGAAUCGCCAACAGUCCUCUAGUAAUACUUCCACAAGACCGCGUUAUAACAGGACACCGGUUCGAAUGACUGUUGCGGGGGAGUGGGCUCUUAAAGAAUGUGAGUCAUUGACAACAUGGGUGAAUAAAAUUCUCAAGGAUUCUGGCACAGAACCUGUGGUGGAUCUAAGAAAAUGUGUGGGAGAUGGUGUUACACUUGUACAGUUAGCUGAAAAAACUUGUGGAAAAUUUCCUGAGGAGGUUGACACAGACAUUAACUCUAAACAGGACCGAGUGAACAACUUACAAGUUUGUCUGAGUCACCUUAAGUCAUCAGGAGUGGAUCUCACCGCUAUUGAUGCAGAGGAUAUUGCUGAUGGAAAUUUAAAGUCCACCCUGCUCCUCAUCGGGAAUAUCAAGAGAAAAGUUGAGGCAGACACAGAGAGCAAGACAAAGGCAAACACAGCAUCAAGGGAAGGCAACAAUGUAGCUUCCUCUAAAAUGCCAGGGGCAAUUACUCUUCCAGGGGGUAUGAGGGAACCUCCUCUUGGAGUCAAUGAUUACCCAAUGACCCCACAGAGGAGGAUCUCGACCCAACCCUCAGAUGACCUUAUCCCAGGGAUCCUGAGGAAGGAGGAGACAGUCCCUCGAAUUCAGUCUGUCCCGCCACAGCCACUAAUUUCUAUGACUGAGCUGAGUUCUACAGGAGUUUUCCAGCGAGGGGCUGAGGAGAGGAGACAAUUGUACUCUCACAAUAACUAUAGUACUCAGUUGUCAAGAGGAGGUGGUCCCAGACAGCAGACGACAGUCAAACCGAGCACUCCCACCAAUAAACUUCCUUCUAAUGCCUGGUCCACAGAAUCCCAAAAACCACAGCCAGGACCAGCCAGUGCUACAUCUGUUGAGGAGCGAUUGAAGUCGUUGAUUUCUAGCCCCUCCUCUGAGCGGGUCUCCCCAGCUUCCAAGAGUUUUGAUGAUGGUGAAUUGAUUGUACCAUUCCCACCUCAGCCACGAAAUCCUUUGUCAGGGGGAGUUAACUCCAGCCACCAGAGAUAUCCAUCUGUACCUGCAAAUUCUCAAUCAAACUCCUAUAUUCCGUCCAGACCAAAUGAUAGGGCACAUCAUAGUUCCAGAGCUGAGGCAAUACUCAAUCAACCGAAUACUUCAUCGAAUCAUUCAGCACCUUCUCAAGUCCAUUCCACAUACAAUCCCAGCCAGGUCCACAACAUGCCCGCAUACCAUGAUCCAUCCUACAUUCAGAGCUGCAGCUAUCCCAGUGCCAUACCCCCUGGAACAUCAAAUCAGGGUUACGGGGACAAAACAAGGAAUAGAGUUGUCACCCCUAGUGUUGACUCAGCGGAAUGGGGUCAAAAGAGGGGACAUGAAAAUCUUGGAUAUGUUCGAGAAUCCUCUCCAGUCAGGGAUAGAGGACUCUCCAGAGAGGAUAGUGAGUGUUCGUCUAGGGGCCCUGGAGCUGAUGGGAUGAGAGAUGCCUGGAACAGACUCUAUGGAGGAAGGAUGUCAGUUCAAGGUGACCCCAGACCACAGCAGUCUGAAUAUCACCACCAGAAUACUAAUAAUUAUAUGGAUAUGACUGGUAAAGACUCCAGAAGUAACGUAAUUCCUCCAACCACACUUAGAACAAGUCCAUUGGGUCAGAGUGCACAGGGUCAUGGGUCAAGUCAAAGUCAGCUUAGUUCUUCACAGGCUUCCCCUAGUAGUGUCUCAUUUCCAGGAUUCAACAAACCCUUGACAGAGAAUUUGUCUGGUUCCCAGCACACCAUUGGUCCUUCUUCAAAGUAUCCAGAUUAUUCAGGGAGACCGAUACCAGGUAAGGAACCAGAGCCUAUGGAAAAGGACAAUAUUGGAUUAAAGGACCCAAGAGGACUUCCUCCAAAACCAUUUCCUCGUGUAAACAGUGACAGCACACUUCAGGAGCCUGAAGUCAGUAUUUUUGAUUAUCAUAUUUCACCAAGUGAGGCUUCAUCUCGUUCAGUGACUCCCCCUCUUCCUCCCUUAUCAAACACAGACUCGGAUUCCUCAGUGGGAAGUCCUCCUCUUCCUCGAGCCUCAAGUUCUACUCACCUCGCUCCUCAUAAAAAUCCUGAUGUUGUAACCUCCACUACACGUGUGCCCGCUGGGGACAAGAAAAAACGAACUUCUCAGACCCAAGUCCCAAGCAAGAGUGAUAAAAAACAUUCCUUCAAGUCAUCUUCUCAUUCGAUUAAGCUCCCACCUCCUCAAAUUAAUGAAAAGAUGCAAGACUCGGGGGUGUUGAGUGAUGUGAGGGAACUUGGCACAGACAGUGAUCUUCCUUUCGAUAUAGAAGAUACUAUUUUAACUGUGGAUUCCAUUGAUACAGAAAUGCAGACAAUUCAUGCUGGAAUUCAAAAGAUGCAUAUCCAAGGUGAUGGGGGUAUGCGUGAGAGACUUGACAAUCUGGAGGGAUUGUAUUCAGAAGUUGUACGUGUGUUGGGAAGCAAUCCCCCAAACAUGAGGAGGAGGUGGAGUCUUGCCAGCUCUGAUACCAGUUCACUUCGACGACCAGUGAGAAAAUUCAAACCCCAGGCAGGGAAUUCCAACUCCCACAGCCGGAGCCAUCAUCAUCAUCACCACAAAGACAUUAAAGCCAUAAAUCGUCGGUUCCAAAGACUAGAAUCCCAUGUGGUCACUUUAGCCAGAAGUGUUGCACAUCUUUCGUCUGAGCUUCGUUCCCAUAAUUCCAUGGUCAGUGAGCUGGAUUCAUUACGCAAAGAGGUGCGAGAGAUGAAGGAACAGCAGUUUAUAUUGUCCCACCAGUCUGCUGCACAAGGCCACAACUCACUAGAACACAACAGGGGAUGGGGACCCUCCCUGACUAACCCCAAGAGAAUCAAUAAAUUAACUCAGUUUUUUGGACAAGAACCACCACUGAUGGAAUGGUUCUUGAAGAAUUUAGGGUAUGAGAAAUUUGCAUCAAACUUUGAUGCUGAACACAUAGGAAUGUUGGAGCUUCCAUAUAUGACUGAGGAAAGGUUGGAGAAAAUUGGAAUUCCCAUGGGACCUCGGUUACGGAUUCUACAGGAAGCCCAAAAUUGUUUUCAACAUGAAAACCUCAAUAUAUACAUUGUCUAAAAUUACAGGGUUUUCAUAGAAAUGAAGGAAUAAGAUGCUAGGAACAAACGUCCUUUUUUUUUAAAAAAUUAAGUUGAUGGGGUAGCAUUAAAUACCUGGGGAAAGAACUUGAAAUGUGGGGAGUGUUCAUCAGUACAUGUACCUAUCUGUUUUUUAUUAUUAUAAUUGAGUAUAAUGUGUUUGUUUUAUUUUAUGUUGUAUAAUCAAAAGAGUAUCAUUAACACUUGUUUAUUAUUUAUAAAAAAAGAUGUAGCAAGGGUUGUGAAAAAUCUCAGAUGAGGUUAAUUGAAAUCCAGUUCUUAUUUUGCUAUAACACCGCUAGAAUCAGGGAGGGGUUCAGCAAUAACUCAAAUAGUGCUGUAGUUAUUUAUAAAGAUUAUAACAGUGUGCAGGGUUUAUAUAUGCUAUUUAUGAUUGUGUUCAUUAUCAGUUUGAAGCAAUAUCCAUUUUUGAAUCUGCAGCUAUUUAGUUGUUAUAAUUGCCUUGUUCUGUGAUAAUAAAAUGAUUCUGAUAUUUUAACUUGUUGC